AUGGGCCCACUCCGACCGUUUACCGUCACCAUCAUCGGUGGAGGCAUCGGUGGCCUCGUUCUCGCGGUCGGUCUGCUACGACGUCAGGUUCCGGUUCAAAUUUAUGAGGCCGCCGCUGCCUUUGCAGAGAUCGGGCUAGGGCUGUCCAUUGGUCCGGCAGCUCACCGGGCUAUGCCCCUCAUCGACCCAGAGAUUCGAGCCAUCUACGAUGCUCUUGUCACAACCCACGCGGAUAGCCCCGGCUAUGAAAAAUACAAACAAACGUGGUUUGAACUCGUUUGGGCCACCGGCGACCAUGAAGGCGAAACUCUAAUGAACCUAAAGGCCCUGCCGUCGGGACAGACGACGCUGAGACGUGCGGACUUCCUCGCCGCCCUCGUGGCUCUGGUCCCUCCCGAAAUCGUUCAUUUUGGCAAACGGUUGAACCAACUGACGGAAACAACAGACGGGGUCCGGCUACAUUUUGGAGAUGGCACAACCGCUAUGGCUGAUGUAGUGGUAGGAUGUGAUGGGAUAAAAUCCAAGGUCAAGGAAUCAAUGCUACCCGAGGAAUCUGCUGCCAAACAGCCUCGGUAUAGUGGCAUGUAUGCCUACCGGGCUGUCUUUGACAUGGAUGAGAUGGUGACGGCCGUCGGUGAUCAACGCGCCCGCGUAUCCACCAUGUAUCUCGGCAAAGGCGCCUAUGCAAUCUCCUACCCCAUCAUGCGUGCCAAAAAGGUGAACUUUGGCCUCUACAUCCUGAGUGAGACCUGGGAUCAUGAGGCAUGGGUUCGACCAGCAAGUAAAGGAAACAUGCAACGAGAUGCCCAGGGUAUGGGAAGAUAUGUGCAGGCUCUCGUCGAGCGCAUGCCUGACCCUUCGCAAUGGGCCAUCUUCGAGCAUCCCCAUUUGUCGACGUACACUAAAUCUCGCGUGGCCAUCCUGGGUGACGCAGCUCAUGCCUCUACGCCACAUCAAGGCGCAGGCGCCGGUCAGGCCAUCGAGGAUGCCCACGUCCUGGCAGAGCUCUUGAGCGACCCGCGAGUAAAUAGCGUAGAUGCCGUCGUGGAAGCUUUCAGAGCUUACGAUCAAGUCCGUCGACCGCGAAGUCAGCAUGUGGUCACUACGAGUAAGGAAAAUGCCUAUCUAUUGUGCUUGUGCUUGGACGGUGUGGGGGAUGAUGGAAAUAAGCUACGAGAGACAUUUCAACAACGAUUGCGAUGGCUUUGGGAUUUGGAUGUACAGGAGCAGGCCGAACAAGCAAGGAGGAAGAUGUUUACUGAGUGUAAGCUUUAG